UUCAUUUAAGAAAAAAAAAGUUAAAAAUAUUUGUUUACAAAUUUAAUCCACCAUUUGUAAAUAGGGCAAAGAGCGGCUUCACUUUUCGUAAUGAAUUAACUGAGGAGAUUACAGAAGCAGAAUUAAGAUUGGUGCACCAAGAAGUACUUUCGGUCUUAUCACAGAGCACAGCGGAAGAGCAUUUGAAAGGAAGUUCACGUUUUCAGUUCACGAAUUACGUUGCCUUCAUUGUAUUUGGAAUUAUACUUGCUGUUAUAAUUAUAGUUGGGAUAAUUUUGUUGUUGAAGUAUGUGAAGAAAUGUAAAGAAAUUAUAAAACAAAGAAAUUAUGUUAUACCAGCUAGGACAGGUAUAGUCGGCGUACGGCUGUUAGAAAAUCCGAUAUCUUACAGAACAGUAAAGGCUCAGCAACCAUUUAUACAGUCAGAAUUUCAAACAGGAAAUAAUUUGGAAAGCGCAAGAAAAAGAGGUGCAACGGUAUUAGACGAUUACGAAAGUUGUGAUGCAUCAAGUCCCGAAGAAAACAGAGAGAACAAGUUACAAUCAUACAUUUCAAAUGAUCUAAAGAACUAUUUAAAACUACUCUCAAAAGAUUUGACGCAAAAGUUAUCUGAUGAAAGCAGCGGCAGCUUAGUUGAUCAAAACGAAGCGAGUCGAUUCGAAGGAAUUUCUGAAAAUAUAAUACCAAUUGAUUCUAAAAAAAGUAAACGAGUUAAAUGGGGUAAUAAAAAACGCAAACCAAUUUCAAGUAAAAUGUACCAAGUAGCAGGCCGUUUAACAUUUAGGUUAGAAUACUCAGAAGAUAAAAAAACUUUAAUGAUACAUAUAUUGAGGUUGAUGGAUUUGGCAUCUCAAAAACCAGCCAACGAAGUGAGUCCUUUUGUAAGAGCAUAUUUAUUACCUGGGAAACUACACAUGCAUACUACUAAAUAUCAAAGUGGAAAAAAAAAUCUUUUCAUUGACGAAAAAAUGAUUUUUCCCAAUAUUCUUGAGAAAGAUAUGAACAUCUAUAAGCUAAAAAUCAAAGUGUACAACCACGCACGGUUAGUACAAGGAGAAAUAUUGGGUGAAGUUGAACUGCCAUUAAGUUCUCUAAAUUUGAAUCCAUCGCAAACGUAUCAAGUAGAUCUUUUUUUAAAACAAAAACACAAAGAAUCAAAACCAUUGCUAAUGGUAUCGUUGAAUCAUCAGCUAAUAAACAAUAAACUUGAAGUAAUCAUACACAAAGCCAAACAUUUACCAAAGUCGUCAAACUAUAUUUAUGCGAUUGUAUCUUUGGUUAAAGUUGACUAUUUCGAAAGAAAAGACACUGCUCCCAGACAAUAUGACACAAUCAUGGACUUUAACGAAUGCUUUGAAUUCAACAUACAUACCAGUGCUAACUCUUCUUUAAAAUCUUACUCUUUGGUUAUUACUCUUGUCAAUCAAAAUAACUUUGAAAGAGACGAAAUGAUUGGACAUGUUAUAUUUAGCGAGUGUUUUUCAUAUUCAGCUGCAGCAUCUCAUUGGAGAGCCGUUGAAAAAACGCCCCAUAAAAGGAUCAUAGAAUGGCAUUCCUUAACAAGACCCGAUAUUGCAUAAAGUCAAAUAUGUUACUAUAUUUAAAGUUUAUUUAAAUGAAAUAACAGAACAUAAAAUGA